CCUGUCAUCAUGUUCUGUAGCUGCACGGUGGAAACAUGACUGACACCUAGCUCUCAGCACGGCGCUGAGGGGCUGUCCGGGUCCUCGUCACCCGCCUACUCCCUUCCUCCUCCUCCCCCUCCGGGCGUCAGUGACGUGCGGAUAGAAAGCGGGACCUGCCCUCCCGUCGCCAUUUUUCGGUCUCGUACUCGCACUUCUGGUGGCUCGGGUGAGGGGGGGACGAGCAAAAAGAAGGGAAAGUAUAACACAUACAAUCUUUGCGGCAGGAUCCCUCGUGAGUGGCCGGGAAUGCACGCGACAGCGCCAGCGCACGGUCCCAGACCCUGAGAUGCACGCGCAGGACACGAGCCGCUGCCUUGAAAUCAUCUCCUGUGUGAAGACGUGUUGCGGGCCGCCAUUUUUUUGCUGUGUUGCCUCAAAAAGUCUGCUCCGACUCGAGAAAGGAGACUCAGAAGCGCAUUUCCAUGACGUGUGCCUUACCGUAAGACCAAGAAACUAAUCAUUUAUUCUCCUACCCGUUAGUACCGGGCUGCCUUUUUGUGCAGGCAUGAGGAUUUAUCAGAUGUAAAGCCGAGGCCACCUUUUCCGUUCUCAUAACUGACAGUGACUGGAGGAGAUGAAUUAUUAGAAGAGAAGCCUGGUGUUUUCUCGGAAGGCGGAACGAAAAGGGGAAGCUUCAUUGAUCAUUUGUUGCUUCGGCCUCGGUCGAUGUUUUCACACUCGUAAGCUUGUUUUUUGUUUCUACUUUGGUCGUUCUCGACCAUUGCUCAGCCACCGACUGCUGAACACGGGAACCACAUUAUGCUCCAAAGUUGGAUGAAGUCGGUCGCAGUCUGCUUCUGAAAACGUCAGGUUGUUUUUGUUUUUUUGGGGUUUGAAAAAAAAAAUUGAAUCGGAGCCUGCAGCGUUUGUGCAGAAAUCACUCGAAUGCCCUGCCCUGCAUCUUCCAAACCCUCCAGUUUGCUGUGAUUGGCCGAUUCCAACCACACAUACACCUCUUUUAACUUAUUAUCUAGUCUGUUUCUUCUUUUUUUUUUCUUCUAAUUUUUAUUCGUAGACUUAUAUUAACUUAUUUUUGAAUAGAAAUGUCAACUGCACGGUUUGAAUCGUCGGAUCGGUCCGCCUGGUAUUUUGGACCCGUGUCGCGACAAGAGGCACAGAACAGGUUACAAGGACAGAGACACGGCAUGUUUCUGGUCCGGGACUCGUCGACCUGUCCCGGCGACUACGUGCUGUCGGUGUCGGAAAACUCCAAAGUGUCUCACUAUAUCAUCAACUCUUUGCCCAGCAAGAGGUUUAAGAUAGGCGACCAAGAGUUUGAUCACCUCCCUGCCCUCCUGGACUUCUACAAAAUCCACUACCUGGACACCACCACGCUCAUAGAGCCGGCCCCCAGGUAUCCAAGCACAGUGGGCGGGCCCAUCCAGCCCGCGGUCGGCCCGGACGAGAACCUGGAGUACGUGCGGACUCUAUACGACUUCACCGGCAGCGACGCCGAGGACCUUCCCUUCAAGAAAGGAGAAAUCCUCAUCAUCCUGGAGAAGCCGGAGGAGCAGUGGUGGAGCGCCAAGAGCAAAGAGGGACGCGUCGGGAUGAUCCCCGUGCCCUACGUGGAGAAAUUGGUACGACCUUCGCCCCACCCCGGCCAGCCUUCCCACGGAUCUCGCAACUCCAACAGCUACGGCAUCCCUGAGCCCUCCCACGCCCUGGUCCACGCCUACGCCCAGCCGCAGACGCCUUCCCCGCUGCCCCCCGGAACGCCCGGGGCGGUCAUCACUCCUCUACCGUCCAUACAGAACGGCCCUGUCAUGGCGAAGGCCAUCCAGAAACGAGUUCCCUGUGCCUAUGACAAGACGGCUCUGGCUCUAGAGGUCGGCGACAUCGUCAAGGUCACGAGGAUGAACAUCAGCGGCCAGUGGGAGGGAGAGGUGAACGGACGGAGGGGUCUCUUCCCCUUCACCCACGUCAAAAUCUUAGACCCCCAGAAUCCGGACGAGAGUGACUGACCCCGGAGUUGGACCGGAGCCUCUCGCCGAACCUGAAUCUGCUGGCUGCCUCCACCCUUAGCCGCCGGUGUCACGGUUAUGUGCUUGCCUGCUUGGGGCUGUACCACGAUAGCGACCCCUCCGUUGUUUGCCAACCGUUGCAAGGCUUUCUGACUGUUUACAGCUUUGGACAAAACCUGACCCUCCUUCUCCCAGUUCCCCUUUACCCCAAGUCUUGGUUCCAGGCUGGGCAGUGUUUUUUUUUUUGUUUGUUUGUUUUUUUGCAUUAGUGUCCUUUUCAUUUCCAGAUCACUGGGCAUCAGUGUGAGUGUGUGUGUGUGUGUAUAUGUGUGUGUCUGUAUAGGUGCAUGUGUGUGCGUGUGUGUGUGUGUUAUUUACCACAUUACAUUGUCUUUUUGUUUUCUCAGAAUAUUUGUCAUGCUUGAAGUCUCGGAGACUUCCGGUGUGCGUUUGUGUCGUCGAUGUGAGGAUUUUUCGUAUGAUAUAGGGACGAGCAAUAUCCCUGCGGACUUGGGAGAGCACUGAGGCGAACGAGAAGCUAACCAGCCGGUCAAAUGUUAUGUCUCCAAACAAUCAAGUCACUGUCGUACCUUAACCAGUACACAAGCACACACGCGCACACACUUUGCCUACGAGAGUGACAGAUUUUUUUUUUGUGUGGUAUGCGUCUGAAUUGAGCGGAAGAGAUGGGUCUGUGGACGAGCUAGGCCGUAAAUCGACGUAGCGGGUGCCAUCGUCCCAUCUAUUCUACAUCCUGGCUGGCUGAGGAGACUUAUUUAUCUUGUGUUUAGAAGACGUGACACGGCCAUAUGUGAUAAUUAUUUUUUUUUUUCUUAUUUUGUGCCACAUGAACAAAAUGUUUUUUUUUUGUGUGUGAUGUGGAGAGGAUGUAUGUUGGAGGGAAAGCCUGCGUGUCCACUUGGUACCUGUCAUUAUUUUGAACUAAAAAAGACAUUGCAUAGAGAUUAGCAGGUUUCUAGUGCUAACAGCACCAAGUACUAAAAACAAAAAAAAACAAAAAAAAAAAGAUAUUAAAACUUCUUUCUUGUUCUUGCAUUGGCGCGCCAAGCUUCGAACGGGUUUUUCAAAAGACAAAAGCAGUAGCGACGGCAGUAGCCCCGGCCAGCACUUCCCACCCACAAGGAUCUGACUACAAGGCCAGCUUAAAAACUUUGAAGCCUUUUCCACUGAUGUGAAAAUCGGUGGCAUAGGUCAGGGAGAGAUGAAUGUCUGAGCAAGCCAAUGAAAUCCCAUCAAUGCCUUUUCCGAGUAAGACGAGUCUUACUGUCAGCGCAUGCAAUCCCAUCUCUAACAUGUCUUCAAUGUGACGUUACUCCUGUCCAUGUAGGUUUUUAAACCAGCUUUAUUCCUCAAGUAUCUGGUCCGUGCACAAUAUUUCUGGUCUGUUUUUAUGCAAACAAGACUCAAAAGGAGUGGAAAGAAUCUUGGCUACAUUGCGCCGCUGCCAUUUCAUUAACGGUCGCGCGAAACUGCGCAGAACCCGAGCUUUCUGCUGUAGAACUAAACCGAUCUCUCCUCCUCUCAGUGCUUUCUGUUCAUGUCAUUGCUCAGCCAUUCACUCAGUAUUUAGCAGUAUCCCUUUCUUUUUACUCUUUUUUUUUUUUUCUUUUUUCUUUUGGUCAGUCGUAGUCAGCUAUUGAUUCAAGCCAAUUAGUUUCUCUUUUUUUUCUGUGCAAUGAGUGAUAUUGUUGAACAGAAUUACCUACGGUGACAUUUACAAAAGGGAAAAAUGCCUGCUGGUUGCCUCUGUGCAUGACCUCUUGGCCAGGGAGAUGGUAUAACUUGGCCAAAUGCUGCUUAAUGUCAUUUAUUUCAUUCAAUAAAGGUCACUCUUUAUUUUAACCCCGCUGCUGUCUGCGGAACCAGACCGGAGCGGGCUUUCCUUGUCGAGCUUAAUGAAUUUUACUAAUUAAGCAAUACGCCCCGGUUAUUUCCUUUCUUGAGGUGAACUUGCUUUCCUCAUGCUUGAGUUAUUUUGUAAUGGCAUUAACAGUAUUACUGUGCUCUCUCUCAUAUUCUAGAAAAGCGUGUCUUUUACUUAAGAACUGAAAAUUGUGCCUUUUAUUUUUCUUAUACCAUUUACAUGUGUUAAUAUUUCUCAUGGUUAACACCUCUGCUGGUAUUGACCCUUUAUGUACAGAACAAGUAAAUAAAAUUUACGUCUACUUCUUUAA